AUGGUGGACGAUAAAUAUAUUGGGCUUGCUUUAGCUAUCAGCUCUUCGCUUGCGAUUGGAACCUCGUUUAUUAUUACAAAAAUGGGACUAAAUGACACGUCUAAAAAGCAAGGAUCUAACGUUGUGCAGGGACACGAGUACCUGAAGAAUCCAUUAUGGUGGGCAGGUAUAGCUACCAUGGCUUUGGGUGAAGUCGCUAAUUUUGCUGCAUAUACCUUUGCACCUGCCAUCCUUGUGACUCCUUUGGGAGCACUAUCGGUUAUUAUUGGUGCGGUAUUAGCUGCCAUGUUCCUGAGAGAGGAACUGGGGACUUUGGGUAAGAUGGGUUGUGCAAUCUGCCUCUUGGGAUCAGUAAUCAUCGUUCUGCAUGCCCCAGAGGAUAAGGAGAUUAACACAGUAGAUGAAAUUUUGGAAUAUGCUACGCAGCCAGGAUUUUUGUUUUAUUGUUUUUUGGUAACUUCGUAUACCUUGGUUACUAUCUACAAGAUAGUCCCUAAAUAUGGACACAAGAACCCCAUGGUUUACAUCUCCAUAUGUUCCGUAGUUGGCUCUGUGUCUGUUAUGUCUAUUAAAGCUUUUGGAAUAGCUUUGAAGCUCACAUUUGGAGGUAAUAAUCAGUUUACUCACCCAUCAACUUAUUUUUUCAUUCUGGUAGUGGUGGUGUGCAUUAUGACACAGAUGAACUACUUCAACAAAGCACUGGAUCAGUUCGAGACUUCAAUUGUAAACCCUCUUUAUUAUGUCACCUUUACCACGGCUACAUUAUGUGCCUCAUUCAUUUUAUUCAAAGGGUUCAAUACCACGUCUUCAGUGAACAUUAUUUCUCUUUUGUGUGGGUUCCUUAUCAUUUUCAGCGGAGUUUAUCUUCUGAAUAUUUCUAGAAAGUCCAAACAGACAGAAAAGCUGUUUUCUUCAGCUGAGGAUGGACUGGGAGAUUUUCCUUUCGACAAUGGGGUUGGUGGACUACAGGUAAGACAUUCUAUGCAACAACCAAGAAAUCGGACUGAGAGCUUGAGCCAGUUAGACAACGAAGAGUCUGUUGGCCUGAGACGUUUCGAUAGCUUUGAACUAGAUGAUAGGUAG